CUUUUUUAACACGCGCACCCCCUUUUCUGUUUCGCAACUACAUCUUAGCAACAACACAUUAUAUUAUAUUAUAUUAUAUUACAUUUGCCUUUGCCCUGAACAAUGUCAAAUACAACGCCAACCGUGCCGCCAUUGGUGUGGAUCGAUUGCGAGAUGACUGGUCUCGACUACGCCAACGACACGAUCAUCGAGAUUGCAUGCAUCAUCACUGACGCCAAGCUGAAUGGCCGCAACAUUGUCGUCCACCAGCCCAAGGAAGUGAUGGACGCAAUGAACGACUGGUGCAAGGAUCAUCAUGGAAAGUCAGGCCUAACCCAAAGUGUCCUGGACUCGACGACCACCAUGGCCGAGGCCGAGCAGGAAGUGCUUGCGUUGGUCAAGAAGCACUGGGCCAGUCCUCGCGCCGCUGUACUGGCCGGAAACUCUGUUCAUGCAGACCGCGCGUUCCUUGUUCGGCAGAUGCCCGAGCUGACAGAGUUUUUGCACUACCGCAUUGUCGACGUGAGCACAGUCAAGGAGCUGGCCAGGCGCUGGGACCCACAGGUGCUGGAGUCUGCGCCGCUCAAGAAGGAAGCGCACAGGGCUUUGGAUGACAUUAUCGAGAGCAUCGAGGAGCUUCGGUACUACAAGAAUAACUUUUUCUCGUGCUAGAGUCAAUGGCAUACGGGUUCCGUCGGCUAUCCGAUGCCGCAGUAAGUGGUAAAAGCCUGCCGGUCGGUAAAAAAAAACGUGGUUUUGAGCUUGCCCCCAUACUGGACUUCUAGCUUUUGCUGGCUCUGUGAUGCCAAAUUAUACACUGGUCGUCAGCCUUUAGUUUUGCUAUUCAAUUAUAAUAUACAACCACGC